UGUACAAUGCUACAUUACUAAAUUACGAACUACUAUUUUAAUAUUCUGUAUUUGUUCUAUAUUUUAGUCAUAUUUAGAAUAAACUUUUUUGUCCAUAAGUCCCUAACCGACCACCAACUUGACCAAAGUAGUGAACCUACCCGAUUAGGGGGUUUACCGGUACCGAACGAAUCGGGUUGUAAUUCCUCUUCCUUCCCAGCUGGCAUAAACCCCGCGCGCAGCUCAAUCAAUCAUCUGGGUUUAGCAGUCAUAAACCCUAGUCUCCAUUCUUGCUCCUCUUCCUCACCAUAGCAUUCAAUGGCGGCGUCCGAUCACAUCCAGGGCUUGUACGACGUCGCUUUGAAGCCUCAGCUGCUCCGCUCCCUAUUGCUUGACUAUGUUCCCACUGAAAAGCAUCCGUUUCGGAGCCCUUCCGAUCUCUCUCACGUCGUCUCCGUCGUCAAAACUCAUCGGCUGCUGUCUGAAUCAGCUCCACCAUCUGCCGGCCAAAAGAUAAUUGAGAUUUGGAAAUCGGCAGUGGAUGACUGGGUCAAGCGUUUGCUGAAUCUUGCCUCAAGCAGCAUGCCAGAUAAGUGCUGGGCUGGGAUAUGUCUGCUUGGGGUGACUUGUCAAGAAUGCAGUUCAGCGCGUUUCUUUGCUUCAUACCCUUCUUGGUUUCUCAAGCUCUUAUCACAUAUUCAGUCUCCAGCAGAUUCUCACCUUGUGAAGGCGGCCUCUUGUGCUUCGGUAUCGGAUCUGUUCUCAAGGUUGAGUGGGUUCACUAAUGCAAAGAAAGAUGCGACAUCACAAGCUACAAAAGUUAUACAACCAGUGUUAAAGUUGCUAAAUGAAGAUACAUCAAUUGUUUUAUGGGAGGAAGCUGUAUCUCUGUUAUGCACAUUAAUAAAUUUAUUUCCUUCAUCAGUCCAAAGAUGUUAUGAUGAAGUUGAGUCUGCUGUUUUUUCAAAUUUCAUGUCAGGGAAGUGCAGUCAAGUUAUGUUGAGGAAGCUAGGUGAUUGUUUGGUGCUGCUUCCAAAGUCAAAAGGAGAUGAAGACAGCUGGUUAUUGAUGAUGCAUAAGAUUUUAAGAUUCAUCAAUAUUCAACUAAAUGAUGUAUUUCAGGGUUUAGAGCCAGAGACUAGACACAAUGAGGCGAUGAGGUUGUUGCUUCCCCCUGGGAAAGAUACACCACCUCCACUUGGAGGUCAAGAUACGCCAAGAAAAAUCUCAUCAGAGAAUAUGAAUAGAUCCGAGCACAUGCUGAUCUCCCAAAUUUCUAUAUUGAUGCUUUGCUGUUCUACGAUGCUUUCUAGUCCUUAUACUGUUCAAGUUGCUGUACCAGUAUGUGCAUUAGUCGACCUUAGUAAGAGAGUUUUGAUGGUAGAUGGCUCUGCUUCUGCCUUAUAUGCUUUCAUGACUACUAUGAAACAAGAAUUGAUUCUUUCAGAACUCCCACUUCUGCAUAUGUGCAGCUUGGAACUCAUCAUUGUUUUAGUGAAGGAACUGCACAGCCAACUAUUACCAUAUGCUGGGGGCAUCGUACGACUGCUCGUAGAGUAUUUCCAAAUAUGUGCUUUGCCAGAGCUACGGAUAAAGUUGUACUCUGUAACAAAAGUUCUUUUACUAUCAAUGGGGGUCGGGAUAUCAGCACACUUAGCGCAAGUGAUAAUGGACAGUGCUUUAAGCGAUUUGGAUGGGGGGGGCACAUCUCUUGGUGAUCAUGCAAAGAUAUAUGUGGAGGCACAAGUCGUUACCAGCAAGAAGAAAAGGAAGCACACAAAUACUGCAGCUUCUCAUGAAAACCAACCUGAUGGAAAUGUCAUGGAAGUAAAAAUGCAAAACUCAACAUUGAUAUCUUUGAAGAUAGCUGCACUGGAGGUGUUAGAAGCCUUUUUGACUGUGGGUGGUUCUUGGAAAUUCGGGGAUUUGCGCUCAAAGGUUGAUGACCUUAUCUUGGCUGUUGCAACAAGUGCUUUCCGAGUAAGACUCUCAAAAGUAGAGAGCAGUGUAUAUCUUCCUGAAACACCAAUCGGCAACUCAUCAAGUUUUCAACUUGCUGCUUUACAUGCUCUUUUGGCUUCUCUUCUUUCUCCUUGCCUUGUUCGGUUACCAGAUGCACCCCAGUGUACUGUACCUGUUCGUCCUCCACAUCUAGCCCAGGGAUUUGAGCUUUUUCGUAGAGGGGUGCAAGAAACAGGAACAAGACUUUCCCAGUUCUGCACACAUGCUCUUUUGACACUGGAGGUGCUCAUACAUCCUCGGGCUCUCCCAUUGUUCGACCACCAAUCUUUUAAUGGCCAAUAUCAGAGGCUUACGGAUCACAUGAAAUUAGGCAGUGGCGGAGGGAGACAAGAAGUUCUUUCUGACUUGCACAAAGUGUCACAGAAUGGGCCCAAAGAGCAACACGAGUCAGAAUACGACGAUCUCCAUGAAAGAUGGAUGAAGAUUGAUGAUGAAGAUGAGGAUGAUGAUGCAACACAAGAAGCUCCAUCUCCAUCUGAUGUUACAAAGGAUAAGAGUAACACCAUAAAGCCUUCAGAUUCCUCAAAUGAUCAUCUACUGUGCCUUAAAUCUGGUGCAAAGGUCACAGUUGACCAAAAACACACUCAAGAACCAAUCGAAGAGCGACAAGUGGAAAAUGCUGACCAUGCAAGAGUUGGCGCUUCAGUUCCCUUGGAAACUGAUGCCCAGUCAAAGAACACAGGCUUGAUGGAAGGUUUGCUUCCGAAUAACAUCUCUUCUUCUAUAUCAUUUUCGGAUAGCAGACUUAAGGGGUUUAUGCAAGAAUCGGAUGAUGAUUCGGACUCAAUUCCCGACAUUGUUGAUGUUGAACCUGACGAUGAUGAUCUUGAAAGCGAUGACUAACGGGUUCUCCAGUUGUUGUGAGUCGCAAUUCCUGAUAUUGCUGUCGUUCUCGAUCUAUGUACACUUAGUGGUGUUUUGUAAUUUUUUUUGACAAUAGGAUCAUUGUGUUUUGAUAUUUUCUUUGUCUUUUCAUACUCGCGUUUCUUAUUCAGUUACUUUUUUUUUUCAAAGAAAUUUUAAAUUAAAUU